UCUCUCUGCUAUGAAAAUGAAGUGACGUAGAGUUAUAGAAUAUUCAUUUCAUGGCGGGGCGGAUCGAUCAUAGUCAGGAAAUUGGAUGGAUUGCUACGACAUAUGAUCAUUGAGCCAGUAAUUUAUCGAGUUCUUGCAUAGAAUUCGAUGCGGAACCUCGGUGAAAUGGUGCUCAAUUUCUGCACAUUUCUUUUGAUGCAUUGCUGUGAUUCAAAGAGAGCAGUGGUUGGUUAAAUUCUGCAGCUUGAACCGAUUGCAUAUCCAAUCUCAUCUGGUCCUUGAUUGGAACGAUGAUUUGAGUCUUCAUGGUCAGCAAAAUGCGUGAUCCUAUAAGGCUAUGCCCAUUGCAUCCUGUGAUCGCUCGCACAAAGCCCCCUACUAGUAGUGACAGCACGAAGCCAUUGUGAGAAGUGUUUGAUUUGCCAGAUGUGUUUCUUUGAAUGUGAGAGAAAGAAACAUCAUAGCAAAUGGUAAUUUAAAACGCAUAUGCUGUUUUCCAUCAUCAAGAAGCUGGUUAUUUUAGCGAAAGCAUCAAAUUGCUGAAUGGUCCCUGGCCAAAAAAUUAAGUGCUUAGAUUCUCUUAGAUGGCCAACCGUUGGGAGGUACAAAGUAGAUAUAGCUUCGUUCGAGUCACUUGCUUUACCGGUGUUGCAGGUCAAGGAAGAUACCAAUCUCUUCAUCAUUGAUGAAGUUGGUAAGAUGGAGCUAUACAGUUCAUCAUUUUUCCCAGCUGUCCUGAAGGUUCUACAGUCCAAUGUCCCGCUUUUGGCAUCGAUUCCCAUUCCAAGAAACGGUCGCGACAUACCCGGAGUUGCACGGUUGAGGAAUCAUCCAGGAGCGGAAGUUUUCACCGUGAGCGCAAGUAAUAGAGAUGCUGUUAGAGAAGAAAUAUAUUCCAAGCUACUCGACUUACUCCCCAAGCAAUAGGUUAAGCACGAGGUUGGGGUUUCAACCCUCAUCAGGCGUACCAACUUGCCUUGUGACAUGCUGACGGAAUGGUAAUUGUCCGUUAGCCCGAGCUGGUUCAAUUUUUAUCUCAUCUUGAAGAAGCGGAUUUUUGUGCUAUAUAAGGUAAUUCUACAAGACAGAUAUACUCAAGAAAUCUGACAAUUGCAAGAAAUCUGACAAUCGGUUGAAUUACUCUAUGAACAUUGGGAUUUUGUUUUAUUCCCAGAACUUGCAGUAUCUUAGCAGUCACUUUGUUCGACCUCCAUCCCUGAUGGAAGUGCAAAUUGAUUUACGUGCACUGUAGUCACAUGGAAAGUUUUUAGAUGUGGAUAUACCAUAACAUUAUAAAAGUUAGUAGUCAUUAAACUCUCAUGCAUUGUCCGGAAGGCAGGGAACCUUUUUCUUGAUGGUAUGUGGUCAGGAAUCUCACUCGCAUGAAUUCAUGCA